GCUUAAAAAAGUAGAAAUGAUUCAUCAGUUAUAUUUGAACGUUAUAUAUAAAAUGUAAAUCAUUCGUAGAUAGUUUUUCUCUAAGUUCACUUCCUCUCAUUCUCACCAUGUCUGCUAAAUCCAAAUCAAGUUCAUCUGAUACUCCAACCAAGGUUUCACCGGCUACACCUAGAGUGGCAAGUAAAGUAAGCAAGGGACUGGCUAAGCCGGAACCCGGUUCUCCCUCCCCAUUGCAAAGUGCUCGUCAGUCAGGCGAUCGACUGCAGAGGCUAUCUCUUAACUCGACACCUACAGCUGUUCGUAGAUCACCGAAGGUUUCCACGCCGCCUGAAAAACCGCCAACGCGGGUGGGUAAGGGAUUAGAGUUGCAAGCUCAGUUGAACUCGGUUCAGGAGGAUUUAAAGAAGGCAAAUGAGAAAAUAUCAUUGAUCGAGAAAGAGAAGGCGCAAGCAAUUGAUGAACUGAAAGAAGCACGGAAAGCAGCUGAAGAAGCAAAUGAAAAGCUUCGAAAGGCUUUGGCUGCACAAAAGCUAGCCGAAGAGAACUCAGAGAUUGAAAAGUUCCGAGCUUUGGAGUUGGAACAGGUGGAGAUGGAUGCUGCUCAGAAGAAAGAUGAAGAAUGGCAGAUAGAAAUCGAAUCCGUUAGGAACCAGCAUGCUCUGGAUGUUGCUGCUCUCGUCUCAACCACUCAGGAGCUUCAACGGGUGAAGCAGGAACUAGCCAUGACUUGUGAUACAAAAAACCAAGCAUUAAAUCAUGCUGAUGAUGCAACCAAGAUUGCUGAAAUUCAUGCCGAGAAGGCGGAGAUUCUCUCGGCGGAAUUGGUUCGGUUGAAGUCGUUGCUUGAGUUGAAGCGUGAAAGAGAGAUUAAUGAAAACAAUGAAAUGGUGUUGAAGCUCAGGGAAGAGAUAGAAUCAUUCAAACAAAAAGUUGAGAAAGCAAAGGCCUAUGAGGAGAAGUUGGUGGAAAACGAGGCAUAUGUCGAACAACUUAAUGUUGAUCUAGAAGCUGCGAAAAUGGCUGAAUCGUAUACACGCAAUGUAUUAGAUGAAUGGGGUAAUAGGGUUGAAAAAUUAGAAAUGAAGAUUGAGGAAGCGAAGAAGUUAGAAAGAUCUACAUCGGAAUCUCUAAACGCAGUCAUGAAGCAAUUAGAAAGCAGCAAUGAUUCAUUGCAAGAUGCAGAAUCUGAAAUUGCUUCUCUUAAACAGAAAGUGAGAUCACUGGAAAUGAUGAUCGGUACACAAAGAAGGGAUCUUGAGGAAUCAGAACACCAGAUUAAUACGGCUAAGGAAGAAAAUGCAGAAGCAGGGAAGUUGGUCGAGUCUCUAAAGUCCGAAUUAGAAACAGUGAAAGAAGAAAAGACCCGAGCUUUAGAUAAUGAGAAGCUUGCAGUUUCCCGUGUUCAAACUCUUUUAGAAGAGAAGAAGAAACUCAUUAAUGAGUUGGAAAAUUCUAAGGAUGAGGAAGAGAAGAGCAGGAAAGCAAUGGAAAGCUUAGCUUCAGCCUUGCAUGAAGUUUCUGCAGAAGCUAGGGAGGCUAAGGAGAAGCUCUUAUCCUGUGAAACCGACAAUGAAAAGUACAAGACCCAGUUAGAGGAGCUAAGGUUGUUCCUGAAAGCAACAGAUGAGAAGUACAAAACCAUGCUCGAUGAUGCAAAAAAGGAGAUUGAUCUUCUGACAAAUACCAUUGAACAAUCCAAGAAUGAACAUCAGAAUUCCAUAACCGAGUGGGAACAAAAAGAACUGCAUUUAGUAGAUUGUGUAAAGAAGUCGGAUGAAGAAAACUCUUCUAUACACAAAGAAAUUAAUAGGUUGGUAAAUUUGCUAAAACAAUCCGAGGAAGAGGCUUCUGAGUCCAAGGAGGAAGAAACUCGGUUGAAGGAUAGCCUUAAGGAAGUUGAAUCUAAGGUGAUUUAUCUGCAAGAAGCUCUAGAGGAAGUCAAGACUGAGAGCAUGAAAUUAAAGGAGAGUUUGUUGGAUAAAGAAACUGAGUUGCAGAGUGCCAUUCAAGAGGCUUCCGAGUCCAAGGAGGAAGAAACUCGGUUGAAGGAUAGCCUAAAGGAAGUUGAAUCUAAAGUGAUUUAUCUGCAAGAAGCUCUGGAGAAAGUCAGGACCGAUAGCAUGGAAUUAAAAAGGACUUUGUUGGAUAAAGAAGCUGAGUUGCAGAGUGCCAUUCAAGAGGCUUCCGAGUCCAAGGAGGAAGAAACUCUGUUGAAGGAUAGCCUAAAGGAAGUUAAAUCUAAGGUGAUUUAUCUGCAAGAAGCCCUAGAGAAAGUCAAGGCCGAGAGCAUGAAACUAGACGAGAGGUUGCUGGCUAAAGAAACGGAGUUGCAGAGUGUCAUUCAAGAGGCUUCUGAGUCCAAGGAGGAAGAAAUUCGGUUGAAGGAUAGCCUAAAGGAAGUUGAAUCUAAGGUGAUUUAUCUGCAAGAAUCUCUAGAGGAAGUCAAGAUUGAGAGCACGAAAUUAAAGGAGAGUUUGUUCUAUAAAGAAACUGAGUUGCAGAGUGUCAUUCAAGAAAACGAUGAACUCAUAGCAAGGGAAGUUGCUUCUCUUAAGAAAGUUGAGGAGUUGUCUAAGCUGUUAGAGGAAGCUAUAAUAAAAAAGCAAAGCAAGGAAAACGGUGAGCUAACCGACAGUGACAAGGACUACGAUUUGCUGCCUAAGGUGGUUGAAUUCUCAGAAGAGAACGGGCAUGGAAGUAGAGACAAGCCCAAGUCAUCAGAACAUCCUGACGAGUCCAAAAAUGAAAGCUCUCCGCAUGUGAAUGAUGGCUCGAAAGAUGAGGCUCUUCAAGCAGACAGUGCCAAAGUGUUGGACAUGAACGGACACGAGACAAAAGAAAAGGAGAAUGAUUCAGUAGAGUCAGUUGAUACUGAAUUUAAGAUGUGGGAAAGCUGCAGAAUCGAAAAGAAGGAAUUUUCACCAGAAGGGGAACCCGAGCAAGAAGAAUCCUUUGACGAGGAAGUUGAUUCAAAGGCGGAUGCUAGUGAGGGUUUUGAUCAGAUAAAUGGUUCCACAGAAAUCGUCGAUGAUGGCGGGAACUCACCAUCAAAGCAGGAACAACAUAAAAAGAAGAAGCCUUUACUCCGUAAAUUCGGGAACCUACUGAAGAAGAAGGGAAGUAGCAACCAGAAGUAAACAAUGAGACCAGCCAUGGCUUGGCCCUGCCAGCAGGCUUGAUGUGUUUGUUUCAUUUGUUUUCCUUAACAUUAUCCAUAUAGGGUUAGUCUCUUAACUUUGUUUCCACUUUUAGGAUAUUUUAAAUUGGAUUCUCCAUAUUUUUUACUAUCCUAUGUGUGAUGGAGAUAAUUCUUAUUUUCUUUACUUCUUAUCUGGAAUUCAUGAAAAACAUGGUGACUUAAGCUUUAUUUC